CGCCCAAGAAAAAUAUUCUUGCUGUUGGUUACAAACAUUUUGAUCAACUUUUCUGUUGAACACCCACAAUAAUGGCUGAAGGACCUGUGCUAGAAAACCCAAGGAGCAACGACACCAUUAAUCUAUCAGCCCGUCGUCUCCUCGAAUGUUCUAUAUGCCUAGAGCAGAUGCGACAACCGAAAUCACUUCCUUGUUUACAUUCUUUCUGUGAGGACUGUCUUGGUGCCUUUAUCAUCACAGAUUUGUCGGGAGACAUGGCCGCCGCGAUUUCCUUCCCUUGUCCUGUUUGCAGAAAGAUCACAUCACCAAUUGAUCACUCAAAAAGUAAAGAAACAUGGGCACAGCAGUUCCCGGUCAACAGUUUAGUUCAAAAUUUGAACAGCCUCAAAAUGGUUACAGAUAAUUCAUAUUGUUGUGGUCCUUGCAAGAAGACAAAAAAUCUUCAGACGCCAGCAACAUUUUUCUGUAAAAUGAACAAAAUGUUGUUUUGCGAUUUUUGCAAGGAAAGUUUCCAUGAUGUCGUUCACGAAGAUUGUAACAUAGCACUUAUUACAGAGAACAACUGGAAAGCAUUACUGAAACAGCGUGACUAUUUAACAUGCUCAAUACAUAAAGAGAUGAUUGACUACUUUUGUGAAAGUCAUAAAUUCAUUGGAUGCAGCAAAUGCAUUACCACCGAUCACAGACGCUGUACCAAAGUGUCAACAACUGAAGAGUAUUGUGAAAAACAGAAAAACAACUCCUGCCUAGAUGAAAUGGAUAUGUUUCUUGAGGAGGCGUCUAACUGUAUCGAACGUAUGUUAAUAGCUACCGAUGGUCAAGUUGAAACCAUGCAAAACAACCGGGAUAUUGGUUUGAGUAGCAUUUUAGAUCUGCGCCAAAAGAUGAACACAUAUCUCGAUAACAAACAAGAAGAGAUAACACAGGAAUUGAUAUCCCAAUAUAAAUUGGAGAAAGCCAGGCUGGAUUUAAAGAAACAAAAAUGUACUCGUCUAAGGACUGCCAUUCAAAAUACAAAGGAGGCAUCCAAGGUAGCUGCUCAGGUGGACGACAAAAUUGAAAUGAUACAGCUUUUUCUUCGUGCUCAGACAGAGAUACUUGCAUGUAAUGAUCUGAUUGACGACAUGAAGCAAACAUCCAAGUUUGUUUCUAUAACACACGAUGCAAGCUUCUCGGCAAUCGACCAGACAAGCACUCUUUCCCUUGGAGGAAUCCUUGUCGAGGAGGAAUCAUGUAGCUUACCGGACGAUGUAGAGUAUAUACCAAAUGUUGCUAAACUCACAAGCGGUCAUGUCGAGAAAUUAGGAACUUUCAGUAUAGACACACCGUCUGAUUCAUAUUAUAGUGAAGCUCACGGAGUUGUGAUGUUGUCGAAUGGAAAUGUUGUUGUGUGUGAUUAUGGAAAUGAUCAACUAAAAUUGUUUUCUUUCGAAGGGCAAUGUUUGGAUGUUUUGGAAAUCGACGGAUGGCCACAUGAUUUAUGCUUAAUGAAUGAUUACACAGUGGCUGUGGCUGUUUCUGAAAGGGGAGCUGGUGUACAUGUCGCUACAAUACUAGCAUCAAAGCUAGCCCUUUUGACUGUAAUAAACAUACCAGAAGAGUGUUAUGGUAUAGCGUUCAUAGAUGGGGUGUUUAUUGUUAGUAUAUCGAAUGGCACUCAAACAGUGACAUUGAAAGGUGAGACAGCGCAAGUACACGCAAUACCUGCAGCAAGCAAACAUCUGACAUCGAAUCCAGAUGAAAAACACACCUUUGCCAGUCUGGAAACACCUGAAGAUGGUGGGGUUGAGAUAACGAAACUGACUGCUGAUGCUCAUACUUGUGUUUUGCGUUCUGGAUUAGUGAAAGGAGCUAUGGGAGUGGAUGUAGACAAAGAGGGGAAUUUGUACGUAUGUGGACAAGCCUCUAACAACGUAGUUAUGGUGUCUGCGUGCGGGACUAAGAUCAGAGAGCUUCUUACCUCAAAGGAUGGCAUCAACAGUCCCAGGGCUAUAUCUGUAUGUGGAGACAAAUUUGUAGUCACCACCAAAGCAUCAGAAAAGGAGCAAGACAUACAUUUGUAUCAGCUCUGAUUUACCUAUCAUUGUUUCAAGAGGAACUGUAGAACUCUAGAACUUUUGACGAAUGAGUUCCAAUUUUACUAUUUGAAUAACAAUACUACUGUUUUCCAAUGUUGAAGAUUUUUCUUAUCAAUUUGGAAAUUAAAAAAAAUCGUCUCAAAAGAGAAAACAAAAUACUUAUCCGAACAUAAUGGAGCGUUUGAUAUAUCGGUACGAUCUGAUGGUCACAUUUCUGAGGUGUUAAGCUAUAUAAAAUAAGACUAAUUAAUGCAAGACUCAGUGUUCGUUUGAAAACUGUCAAAUUGAAAAUGACAUUUAUAAUCACUGCUCCAUUGUAAUAUUCUUCAGUUUGACUUUCGAUCUGUGAUAUAAGUAAACUUGCAAAAUGUACGAUCCAAUCACACAGUUGUGUGCAAGAUAAUGUAUAAUAUGUGUGUGCUCAAGAUGUAUCCACGAUGAAUGAAGGAUGUGCGCAUGAA